UCUCCUUCUUUUCUCUGAUAUAACGUAACAUCGAGUGUAGUAUCAAAAGAACGGUAACCCGUGGCAGAGAGUCAGGUCUUUUUAUCGAAAACUGAGAGCAUUAUCAUUUUUCUUCUAAAUAUGUCCGACGUGGAAAAUGACGAUGUGCCAUCAGCUAUGGCAGCUGGUGGUCCAAUGGACGUAAAUACAGCCUUGCAAGAAGUUUUAAAGAAUGCUCUUAUUCAUGACGGUGUUGUACAUGGUCUCCAUGAAGCUGCCAAAGCAUUAGACAAAAGACAAGCUAUGCUUUGUAUUUUGGCAGACAAUUGUGACGAACCUAUGUAUAAAAAGUUGGUUCAAGCGUUAUGCAACGAACAUCAAAUCCCACUGAUAAAGGUGGAUAAUAACAAAAAAUUGGGUGAAUGGGCAGGAUUGUGUAAAAUUGAUAGUGCAGGAAAAGCACGUAAAGUUGUUGGAUGUUCGUGUGUCGUAAUUAAAGACUUUGGAGAAGACACACCCGCUAAGGAUGUUCUAAUGGAAUACCUUAAACAAAGUUCUGUACAUUAAGGUCUUUUAAUAAAAUAUUUGACACAAU